AUGGAAGGUCGUCGCGCGGUGUUGUCGGUGCUAGUGGUGGCGGUGGUGUCGGCGGCGACCCAGCUGGAGGACGAGGUGCGCGCGCUCAGGGGUCAGGUGACGGCGCUGCUGGACCGGCGGCAGGAGGACUACCGCCUGCUGGAGGAGUCCCUGCGCUCGUCGCUGGACAAGAACUCCGAGCUGUCGGCCCUCAAGGCGGAGGUGGAGUCGCUCAGGCAGGAGGCGCGCGGCGCCACGGGCAACCAGCGCAGGAACGACCACCUGACGCUGCAGUGGCUGCAGGCGGCGGUGGGCGAGCUGCGCGCCGAGCUGGCGGAGCUGCAGGCGGCGCACAACGCCUCGGCCGAGCUGCAGCGGCGCGAGCAGACCAGCGGCGAGCUGCGGCUGCUGCAGGGCGACGUGGCGGGGCUGCGCCGCGAGGCGGAGGGGCUGCGCGCGGGCGAGGAGCAGGCGCGCGCCAGGGAGCAGCAGCUGGGGCAGGAGGUGUCCGCGGCCCGCCGCCGCAGCCAGGCCGCCGCCGCCGCGUGCGCCGCCGCUGCCCGGCAGUUGGAGGCGGCUCAGCGGGACUGGACCACGACCCUCAAGGCGCUGAAGAAGUCCAAGAGGUCGUUCAAGGAUGCCGAGGGCGACCGCCAGGAGGAGCUGGACAACAGCAUCGGCGCGCCCCAGCCCGAGGCGGACGGCCCGCGCUUCCGCCACCAGCGGCAGAUGAAGAAGCAGCUGCAGGACGCCGAGAUGGCGCUGCGCAAGCUGCAGCGGCAGGUGCGGCGGCUGUCCAAGCAGCAGCAGCAGGGGGGAGCAGCGGGAGGGGAGCUGGAGGCGCGGCUGGAGGCGGCAGAGGCCUCGGCGCGCCGGGCCGUCGCCACGGCCUUCAACGCCAGCCGCCAGCUGCCCGAGCUGGACCGCCUGCACCAGUCGCAGCUGCAGCUGCUGGAGUCGCUGGAGGGGCUGGAGAACAAGGUGGAGAGCAGCCUGCCCGUGCUGGAGCGCGAGAUCUCCAAGCUGGAGUUCGGCCUGGCGCAGACCGAGUCGUCGCUGUCGCUCGUCAAGGAGGAGCAGGACAACCAGCGGGCGAGCGUGAAGGCGCUGGGCGGCGGGUUGUCGGCCCUGCAGGACAAGUGCGACAACUUCCACGGCGGCCUGGGCGCAGUGCGCGCGCAGUUGGCCAACCUGAGCGCCGCGCUGCCGGGCCUCGAGGAGCGCCAGGAGGCGGGCGCGGCGGACAACUGCACGGACGACUCCAUGACGGCGGUGGUGCAGCAGCUCACCAGGGUGCAGCACGAGUACCAGCAGAUCGUGGAGCGACUGCCUCAAGACUGCGCGGACGCGCCGGCCCGAGGACUGGCGCUGAUCGCCCCGGGCCCCGGCGGGCCGCUGGUGGCGGCGUGCGACCCCCAGGGCUGGACCGUGGUGCAGCGCCGCGUCGACGGCUCGCAGGAGUUCAACCGCAACUGGGCCGACUACGCCGCGGGAUUCGGCUCGCCCGCCGGCGAGUUCUGGCUCGGCAACGAGGCGCUGCACCGGCUCACGGCCGACAACUGCUCCUCGCUGCGCGUCGAGCUGAAGGACAUCUACGGCAAGGCGUGGCUGGCCGAGUACUCCGAGUUCGGCGUGGCGGCGCGCGCCGACGGCUACCGCCUGCACGUGGCCGGCUACCGCGGCAACGCCAGCGACGCGCUCGACUACCAGAACCGCAUGCAGUUCAGCGCCAUCGACUCGGACCGCGACAUCAGCAACACGCACUGCGCCGCCAACUACGAGGGCGGCUGGUGGUUCUCGCACUGCCAGCACGCCAACCUCAACGGCCGCUACAACCUCGGCCUCACGUGGUUCGACGCCGCCAAGAACGAGUGGAUCGCCGUGGCGUGGUCCGAGAUGAAGGUUCGGCGGCGGGCCGCGUGCGGCGCCACCGGCGGCGCGUGAAGCGGCGUGCGCGUGGCAUCUUGUUCCACUGGGACAUUUCACUCAAAUGUAACGAAUUGCUACCAAUAUAAUUGAAUUUCACGUUUUCAAAAAAAAAAAUUAAUUAAAAAAAAAAGUUAGUCUUUGAGAAAUCGCCAGAGAUGUGUAACAUCUAACCUCGGGAAAGAGCAAAUUCAUGUGUUCUCAUGUUGCAAAUACACUUACAAUACGAAAAUUUGGACACGAAAUGUAACGUAGAAUUCAUUAAAACAAUGCCGAGAGAGAUGAAUAAACGCAAAUUGUGUUUUCAGCUAAAUCUCUUGACGCGAGUCACGGUUAGUGUCCACAGCCGCCGCUGCAAUUCACUGCCGGAGCAGCCAAGUCGGCUAUCUAAUUAUUUGAUUAGCACACCGAAAUUUUAAACUACAUUAUAAAAAGUCUCCGAUAAAAGCGGAAAAAUAAACUUUAAAAAUACUAAACCCCGGCUUUGGGCCUGAUUUUUUUACAAGGAAUUUUCAUUAAAAUACUGGCCAUAUAUUUUUUUAAUUCAUUAAAAAGUUAAUACUAAAAUGUUUCCCUUUCCUUUUGUGAACUUUGGUUCGCGCCAUUCAUCACAGAUGGCAGCACCGUGGUUAAUAAUUUCCGUUCCAUGCGACUUCCACCGCAUUCACAAAAUUACUCCUACCAAAUGCUGUAUACCUAGAACUAAGAUUUUACACAUCAAAAAUGAUCUCCGAGAACUUAACACGAUUAGGAUUUACAUAUUUAAUUAAAAUAAACUACAAAGUAAUGAUUAUAACACCUGGUAUGCUGAUACUUGGAACAAGUUUUAACGCAUAUCAAAUGUAAAUAAACAUGAAUACCAUUUCAGCUAAAUACUCGGGUUUCUAUCGGUCGUACAGAAUAACUUAAACGGAAGAGCUCAGCAUUGCUGAGCUAAUCCGUACGGGUUGUGCCAACGGACCCAACCCGAUGCCCGACCCUCCUUGACCGAUGUCACUCGGCCGUGGUGUGUGUUUGUGUGUGAACACCAACUACUAUCCGUCAAGUGCGCGGGAGUAGGGUAAACCUGUCGCAAGUGUAGUUAGUUGUGUUUCGGAAACUCGACUAUCAGGUAUGAAAUGCAACAUUUAUUUUCCAGUACCAACAUUCUGUUCGCCUUUGCCUGGCCAUAAUAAAAAUAUUAUGGUAAUUAUAAAAAAUAGUGUGUACUUCACUAUUGUCCUCCAGUGUUCCAGAAUAGUUGAAGUAAUACAACUUUUCACCACUUAGUCUUAGUGUGUAAGAAUGUUAUUAGGCGAAAACAAAGUAGACUGCUUAGUGCUGACUGAAUUUGUUUGAGCACAUUUUAAGGGUGUUUAUUGAUUAGUUGUUUUAAUUUCUUUUUUGCUAGUCACUAAUUUUAAUGCACUGUGCUUACUAUGUAUUAUUUUAUUAUAUUUAUACAGACCUCAUAGGUAUUGAUGAAGUGUUCCAUUUCUUUUAAUUAUAUGUUUUGUUUUCAUUUACAGCCAUGUAACUAAAUCAUAAGCAAAUUAAAUGUUUUAACUCUUUCGUGUAGUUCAAGUUAAACUGUAAGUUAUUUAGUGUUUUCAUGUGUGAACUAAUUCCACUGUUUUAGUCAGUGCCAAAACACAUAUUUUGUAAUGAUGUUAAAAAUUUAGUUGACGCUACACCCAAAGUAAUGUUAAUUGCCCCAAAAUAAUUGUUAAAAAAAUUAAGUGUCCCAUGUUGUAGCUUACUGUGGUUUAUAAAUACCAUUGUAUCACAAUAUGUAUAUUUUCUGCACUUUGUUCGGUUUUUAACAGGGUUAAACACAGACUUUAAAUGUUUGCUGAAUGAUAAUAAUAUUAAUAAAUAUUGUCCAAAAAAUAAACUAAUUUAAUAAUAGUAGAACUUUAAAGUGUUAAAGCUGCAUUGUCUUGCCUUUAUAGGUUAAGCCUAUAUUAUUUGUAAUGACGUCAUAGUAUUUAUGCUGUACUGUAUUAAGUCCUUCCAAGGCUGUGAAUUUAGUUGUAGGGUUACUUAGCUCUUAUGGUUUAAAUAUUUGAAGGAAAUGUGGCUUGGAAAUUAGCUAAGUAAGGACAUUUGAUAUCUUGCCAUAUGAGUGUUCUGUAGUCAUUUGUGUAGUUGAGUGGAGAGUGUACUUCAAAUUCAAUACUCUUUCGUAAUGCGUAAUGACUUGUUAAGUAUACAAACAAAAAAGACUUAAAAUGAAACUGGCAUUUUUUGUUUUAAAUGUCAUUGAGUGUUUGUUAACUCUGCAAGUAUUUAAUGGAUUUUUCUUAUUUCCCUUUUUUCAACAGACAAAAAUAUUUUAUCUACAUUUCUGUACACAGAAUAAUAUUUGGUUGAUAAAAUAUCUGAUCAUGUAAAUCUAAUUAAUACUAUGAUAUACAGAAUGAGUCUGAAUUGCAUCGAUAAACUUCGCCUGCAUGUUUAUUACAAUAAAAUAACUUUUUUUAAUGUCAACCAUAGAAAAUUAAUUUAAGAUAGAACACUGAGCGUCUGGAUUAUGUUUAACUAAACGAAGUUCAACCACCACAGCAAAUUUUGGCACUGUAGCAAAAUAAUUUCAUGGAAAUAAUUGGGGAUAACACCUUUAUUUGAUACAUAUUUUGUGGGUUGUUACAUUUUGUUGUGAUGAACUUGCAGUCAAAGUUUGUCGGUAGAAUUAUGUCACCUGUAUAAUAAAUUGUUUGAUAGUUGAAAGUAUUAAAAAAAAUAUUCAUAAUACAGCAAAAAGAAAUUUUGUACUAUUUCAAAAAAAAGUUGAGCAUACUUCUUUUGCCAUAACGUCGUGGCUAGACCAAAGUUGUAGCUUAUAAGAGUAUUUUUUUUGUUUAGAUGUAGGUUUAAGUUAAAUAAUAUUUAGCCCAUCAGGGUAAAAACUGCAUUUACUUAGUCCUUGUAUUUAUGAGUGUGUACAUAAGCAUGGUUUAGCGAACACCUGUUGGAUUUUGUUAAAAUGAUUUUGUGAAUCACUUUGCGUAUGUGGUGCGUUUUUGUAUAUAUUGUAAAUGUACCUUUAGUCAUGAUCGUUGAUAAAUUUGUAUAUUGGCAAAAUGUAAGUCAAAAGUAUUUUAAGUUGAUGUAUUACAAAAUCAAUAAAAUAUCUACUUAAAAAUGUCA